AUGCAAUAUGGACUUGGUAAUAACUUAAGACUAAACUCGAAUAUUGAUUCAAUUUUUAAUAUAAGGAAGGUUAACAAAACAAGGCACAUAGUUAUACAUGCAUUUAUUAGGGAGACUUACGAGAUUUUUCUUUUUUUAUCCGCAAUAUCACUUUUAUAUUUUAUUUUGAGUGGAUAUGAUGGAAGUAAUGCCAUGGUUAUUGCAAAUGCAUUAAGGCUCAUUUUUACAAUAGGAUGCUAUUUGGUUUCAAAUCGUAUGCGAGAAGGAGAUCUAUCAUUACUAUUACUAUGGUUAGUAUUACUUAUGAAUAUUUGCAUUAUUCCCAUUUUUAGCAUUGAUAUAUUCUACUUUAGAAUUCUGGAUAUUUUAUCAUACUUUUUUUUAUUUUGGUUCACGGGUUUUCAUCCUAUUUUUAUUUUUAUUAACGCAAUAAUUGGACUUGGUUCUUUAUCUUGGGCAAACUUCAGAAUGCUAUCGGCUAUAGACAUUAACUUUUAUGAAAAAAGUAUUCUUCAAGCACUUAGUUUCACUUUGUUAUUUACGAGACUUUCUGUCGGUUUGAUAGUCCUGAAUAACAUCUACACGAAUUGUUCUAUUAUAAGAGAUAUUACUGUUAAUAAAAUAAAAUCAUUAUACGAUAUUAAAGUUAUUAUAGAAAAUGAAAGUGAGUUGAUAAAACUUUCGAAAAGUCUUGGAAUUUCAUUAAAGCAACUAUCGAAGCAAUCAGAAGACUUAGAUAAUUCUAAUGACACAGAAUUACUUAGGGUUGAUUCUCAUAAUUAUUCGUCUUCGAUGUCAUUAAUAAAUCCGUCUUCAAUACAUUCCACAAAUAUAUCUAGGGCAAUAUCUUUUGCAGAUAAUUCAAAUGAAUCAUCUUCAUUAGGAUCUUCAAUUUCAAUGAAUACUCCGAUACAGUCCAUUGACGACUUUGAAGCUAUCCCCCAUUCUUCAACUCUACAAGGAUUGUAUAAUAGAUUGCUUGUAAAAAAAAAAAAUGAAGUUUUUGAACGAUUUUCUCCAUCAAUGACAUUUAUUGAUAAAUAUAGACAGAGAACAAAGAAAUUAUUCAGAAACUUGAUGUAUAAAUUUGAAAGCUUUAUAUUAACUAUUAGAUUUGCAGAAUUUCCUGAUUCUACUCUUCCAAUUUCAACAAGAGCCGUUUCUCAAGUUUUUCUUGACCAAGAAAUUGAAGGCAUGUAUACUCAAUGGUUGCAAUUUUACUCUUGUAACACAAUAGAACAUUCUAUUCAUUAUAUUUUAUUAUCUUGUAUUAUUGUUCCACUCAUGUCUUCAGCAGAAUGGCUAUUGUUAUUUUCUAACAAAUCUAAACAACUGCUAUGCAUUUAUUCACCAUAUGUAUGUUUGAUACAAAGUUCAAAUAAAAGGAAAAUAAUUUUUUUCGUGUUUAGAGAAGGAAUUCAAAUUAUAAUUUCCAUGUUUUUAAUCGGAAUGAUAUAUAUCCUAUGUAAAAUUAAUAAAAUAACUUUGGGUAAAAGAAGAGACAAAGGCAAAAAUGAUCAAGAGCAUUCUGGGAAACGGCAUUCCAUUAAAGAAAAAAUAAUCAACGCUUUUUUAAGAAAAAUGCUAAUAUAUCCUAAGUUUUCUGAAUCUGCUCAUUCUUACAUUCAAUGGCUAAGCAUAAUUAUUGGUUCUUGGACAGUUUUUUGUAAUAUUAUCGAUUGUAUUUUAAUGGGUAAUAUUUCAUUAAGAUUUAUAACUCUUUCGUCGAGUUUGCUGAUUGCAGGGACAUAUUUGAACCUGAGAGUAUCUUCAACUAUUAUUGUAUAUUUAAUAUGGGGUCUAUUUUCUUUUAUUUUUACUGUGGUUAUUUCAGGGAGUAUUGAGAAAUAUAUUCCUUGUAUAAUUUCAAUUUCUAUCCCUGCAGCAUCAAUAAUAUUCCUUCACACAAUACCACUAGAUCGUGUAAGAAGAAUAUUAUUUUGUAGAUAUGUAUUACCGUAUAUAUUAUAUAUUCAACACACCAUUUUCGUAUUAAAAGAUUCUGGAGAGGAUAUUAAAAAAAAACUGUCUAAUAAGUACUUAAGCUCCAACAUGGGCGUCAAAAGUGUAAACAAUUGUAAAUAA